AUUUCAUUGCAUUGAGCUGUGGCAGCUAAAGUGCUGUCAAACUGCAUUCAUGCUACAUCUUAGAUGCACCUUUGGAUGCUACAUGUAUCCAGGUUUCCAUCUGCAAAACUUUGGUAUAAUUGAAUCCCAUUUGUUCCACAUCAUUGAGAGUUGAUCAGUUCAGGAGAAUGGGACUUGACCAUGCCCAACUUUGUAAUUUUGUCUUUGUUCUAGGCCCCAUCCCUUCCUAUCUAAACAUGUCUCUGCUCCUGUUGGAUGAAACAGCGGGGGACCUGCCAGUCCGAGACACCAACCAGAAGCCCUCGGUGAUAGCAGCCAUACAAGAUGUCUCGUCAUCUGCUGUCAUCCCAGUGAAACCCCCUGUGCUGAAAUCCUUAUUGAAAGGGUCACGCUCAUUGGCAAGGACACGACGUCAGAUUGCCCGAGUGACCCGCACAGAGCUGGAGGAUGGAUUUCUACGACUUCAUGAUGAAAAUUUACUGCUCAAAGAGUUUGCCCGAAAACAAGAGGACAGAAUCAAAAGGAUGGGCACCAAGCUCUCAAGACUCAGCCACGAGCGAGCUCAACUUGACGGGAGACCAGGGAGCUGGGUUCGCAGUACUGGACGAAACCUAGACCUGGAGGAAGAUUUGGAAGAGAUGCAGGAACGGGUUCGGGAGCUGGAGAGACACAACGAGGGGCUGAGGAACCGUCUCCUCUUUUACAAGCAACAGCUGCAGCUUCAGGGCUGUGGACGGCAUUGUCCAUAUAGCUAUGUCACCCCCAGGGUUAACACAGGACUUCGACGGGCAAACACUGCUGUUGGGCGGGUGCCAGAGAGGCUAGCCAAAGGGAUGCGGAUGCAGGGGCCAGUGGCCAGACCAACCCACACAGCCCCUCCAAGAUAUGGGGACCAUGUUCUGGAGGGAUCCCGAGCAGAGAUGGAAAGACUGAGCCACCACAGUCUGGUUCUGGCAGAACUGGGACUAGACCGGGAGUCCACUUCCCCGCUUGGCAAAGCGACGGACCCAGAAAGCACCCACUAUCAGCAGCGCCAUGAAGAAGUCCAGGAACGUCGGGCUGCCAUCCAAGACAAUGUGGAGUUGAUCCGGCUCCAGAAGCUUUUAAGGACAAAGAAUUCAGAACUAGUGCUAACCAAAGCCCAGUUUGCUGGCUUACAGGAGGCUUAUGAGACUCAUCUCCAGCAGAACCAAGAUGCAUUGAGGUCAACCAGUGAGGCCUUGUUGGCUCAGGUUGAGGAGCUCAACGCCCACCUGAAAGAGGAGACCCAGAAAGUCACAGCCUUAGAGAGUCAGCUGGAAAUCCUUUCUCCCUUGCAGGGAACCCUGAAAGAUUUUCAGGAGCGCGUCCAGGACCUGGAGACCGAACGAGAUUUGCUGAAGAUGGAUUAUGACAAACUCCUGGAGAGUUGCAUGACCACUGCCCAGCAAAACGUAGAUGAGGUGCCCCAGAAGGACAAUGCUCCUUGCCCAGAAGCUCAACUUAUCUUGGUGACUGCGGAGAAGAAAAAGCUUGAGGAGCAGCUAGAAAAAGAAAUAGCUCACAAUGAGGAGCUGAAACACGAAGUGAGCCUGCUCCUCACAACUGCUCAGGAAGUUGGCUCCCCGCAGGAGAAGUCAACCAUUGUGGAAAACCCAUCAAGAGAGGAAGAGCCUCAUUCCCAUCAAAUUCAGCCCCUGAUCCUAGAGGGAGAGAUGGAGAUAUCGAUGGAGAAGGAAGAGGUAUUUAGCCAACAGAGUCUAAAUCGAAAACUGCAUGAGACGGAGGCUGCUCAUGCGGAGACUGCGUUAGAGCUGGAAAAAACCCGGGACAUGCUCAUUCUGCAACACCGCAUCAACCGGGACUAUCAGGCAGAGCUGGAAGGGGUGCUGCUGCAGGCCAAUAGAGAGAAGCAGGAGCGUGAGGAGAAGCAAGAGAACAUGGCCCAGCUUCUGGAUCUACGUAGCUCCCGUAUUCGCCAACUUGAAGAGCAGCUGAAGGAUAUCGCCUAUGGAACUAGGGCUGUCCCGUUCCGAAUGGGUGAAGUCGAUGCAUCCUUGGGAACAGACCCUGACAAGGCCCCGCAGUUGCGACGUGGAGAGAACCUCUUUGAGCUGCACAUCUCUGGUGCUGUGCUCUCUGCUGAGGCACAACGUUUCCUGGGGGACGCAGAGCCCGCCACCUUCUGCACAUACUCCUUCUAUGACUUUGAGACCCACUGCACCCCUGUAGUGCGGGGCAUUCGGCCCCGGUAUGACUUCACAUCCCAGUAUGUUGUCCGGGCUGAGCCUUUCUUCCUGCAGUACCUGCAAGAGGCAGCUUGUCGCCUCGAGCUCCACCUUGCCUCUGCUGUUGACCACGCCACCCUGGCCUCCUGCCGGCUGCGUUUUGGUGAAGCCUUGGGCACCGGGGAGCAAGUCCAUGCCACAGCGGUGCUGCAUGGUGCCAAUGGCGCAGAUUACGGUCUUCUGGAAUAUUGGGUGAGGUUUCGUUUUCCUAUAGAAGAGACCUUGAGGCUGCACCACCAACGGACCAAAGCUUUGGGUUACCUCUCUGCCGGAGUACCACGCUCCACCGCGGUCCAAUUGCACUGGCAAAAGGAAGGGGCUCAGGGAACAAACCGGAAUGAGGUCCGUGUGCGGAUUGAAGGAUGCGCCGGCUUACGUAGUCGCUGGCUUGGUUCUCAGCCCAGCCCUUACGCCAUGUACCAGUUCUUUACCUUCCCAGACCACGACACGGUCAUCAUCCCUGCAAGCAACAACCCACACUUUGGGGACCUGCAACCCUUUGUUGUGCGCGUCACCCCUGAGCUGCACCAUUACUUGCUUGUGGAGAGCCUGUGGGUGUAUGUAUUCGAUGAUGAGGAUGAGGAACCCGGCAACUACCUGGGCAAAGCCCAAAUCCCACUCCUGCCACUAGCCAAUGGACGCAGCAUCUCAGGAGACUUUGUCCUCUUGGACCCGGCCGGCAAGCCCAACGGAUCCAUCUGCCUGAGUCUGGAGUGGAGCCUUCUUUAUGUGCCUCCAGAAGAGGCUGGUGUACUUAAACCCACAGAUUUGAAGCCUAUGGAGCAGCAGAUUGAGACGAAACAAGCCAGGCUGAGGAACCAGAAGCCAAGAGAAAGCAAUGCGGGCCUUUUGCCUUCCAGUCUCCAGAGGAAGAAGCCACGUCUGAGCCUACCUGAGGCGGAGAAACGGACUCUGAAACACACCAAGCUGGCAAAUGGACCCAAGUCCACACAAGUCCAAGUGAGUCCUGUGGUGAAGCCCACAAGACCCGUGAUAAAGGAGGAUGAGGAUGAAGAUGCUCAGGAGGUGCUGCUAGAAGAGAUAAGAGAAGAAGGGGAAGAAAUCCUGGCUUUGGAAGAAGAAGCCGCGGCGAGAAAUCAACGGGGAUCAGACGCUGGAUCAAGCAUGGAGGCGGAAGCAGGCAUGUCAAAGAAACCAGCUUCGGAGGAAGUGGAGAGUGAUGCUCCAACUACAGAGAGCGACGAAGUGGUGAUGGCCUUAUCAAGCCUGCAAGAGCCUCUGCAACCUGAGCCUUCGGACAGAAUUCGACUGGAGAUCAUCUCUCUGAGUCUGCUUCCAGAGAGCGAACCUGUUGCCGAUGAGCACAUCCAACAGCUGUAUGUGGAAUAUCACUUCCCUGGAGUGCUGCUGGAGGAAACGGAGACCCCUUUCUCUUUGCGGAAGCCGGAGGGAGAUCAGGAAAUCUACUUCCAUUUCAGCAAAGUGAUCAGACUGGACCCAAACCCUGCAAGUCUCCAAAGGCAGUUGCUGUUCUCAAUGCUGGAGGCAGAGGAACCUGAAUGGAACCAGCUGCGGUUCGUAGUGGUGAGCGAGCCAUUGCCUGGAGCUGGAGGAGACUGUGAGGAGGUGGGCUUUGCAUACCUGGAUUUGCGGGAGAUCCUUCUCACUGGAUGCGAUGUGCUGGAAAGAGAGCUUUGGGUGGUCAGUUCUUUAGAUCUUGAGACGUACGUUGGGAAGCUGAAAGUGUCCAUAGAAGCAGCUGCUGUCCUGCGUGCUGUCUAUUGGGCCGGCAAAAGCAAGAAGACCGAGGAAAGAUAACCUGACUGGGAGAUACAACAGAACAAACAGGAACCCGCAACUAAAAAGCCGCUCUGAGAUAAAAGCAAAGAUGAAGCCCAAGAGAAAUAAAUCUGUCCAAAUACUUAAAAAAACA